AUGGCUACUUUCUCUUGUCCAAUCUCCUUCCCUUUCAGAUGUUCUUUUAACGGUAAUCAUAACCAUAACCACAGAGUCGAUAUCAAAAUCAAUGGAACUCAUACAGGGCCCAUUAAGCUCGACACAUUGAAUGAAAUAGCUGCAGUUGUAAAAGCUGAUUCCACUCCUCUUGCUAAUGUCCACGAAAACGGGUACAUAUGCCAAGAGAAGAUUCGGCAGAGGAUUCCAACGCAGAAGCAGCUGGUUGAUCCUUACCGUCAAGGGCUUAUCAUUGAAAGGGGAGUUGGCUAUAGACAGACUGUUGUCAUCCGCUCCUAUGAAGUUGGCCCUGAUAAAACUGCUACCCUGGAGAGCCUCCUUAAUCUUUUCCAGGAAACAGCACUAAAUCAUGUCUGGAUGUCUGGACUUCUGAGCAAUGGAUUUGGAGCCACACAUGGAAUGAUGAGGAACAAUCUCAUAUGGGUCGUCUCAAGAAUGCACGUCCAAGUGCAUCACUAUCCCAUAUGGGGAGAGGUAGUGGAAAUCGACACAUGGGUUGGAGCAUCAGGGAAGAAUGGGAUGAGGCGAGACUGGCUAAUUCGGAGUCAAGCCACCGGCAUCACCUACGCACGUGCAACCAGCACUUGGGUAAUGAUGAACGAGCAAACAAGGCGCCUCUCAAAGAUGCCGGAGGAAGUGAGGGGUGAAAUCUCUCCUUGGUUUAUUGAGAAGCAAGCAAUCAAAGAAGAUGCUCCCGAGAAAAUUGUCAAGUUGGACGACAAAGCAAAAUAUGUGAACUCUGACUUGAAGCCAAAGAGGAGUGAUUUGGACAUGAACCACCAUGUAAACAAUGUCAAGUAUGUACGAUGGAUGCUUGAGACAAUUCCUGACAAAUUUUUGGAGUCUCACCAGCUAUCUAGUAUUGUACUAGAAUAUAGAAGGGAAUGUGGGAGUUCGGAUAAAGUUCAAUCACUUUGCCAACCAGAUGAAGAUAGAAUUUUAGCAAAUGGACUGGAACAAAGUCUACUUGAAAAUAUAGUUUUGGCAUCGGGAAUCAUGCUAGGAAAUGGACACCUAGGCUCCCUGGGUAUGAAGACAUAUGGAUUUACUCAUCUCCUCCAAAUCAAAGGGGACAGUCAAAAUGACGAGAUAGUCAGAGGGAGGACCAGAUGGAAGAAAAAGCAAUCUACCACGCCGUAUUCCACUUAAUAACAAGUGCCUGGUAGGUACGACGGAUAUUUAGCUAGCUGAUCCUCUUAGAACAUCAUUGAAAACAACCAGGUUCUGACAUUAAAGAUGCCAUGAAGGAAAUAAUUAAGUUAAAGGCAUAAGGAUGGAUGUUUGAUUGUUCUGGUCCUGUGAUCAUGAAAUUGGAAAUCUGAAUGGAGAUCUUAAUAACGUGCCAGGACACUGGCAUGGUACUGAGGUGAUGGAAAAGUGAGAGGCCCUGGAAGGUGUCCAGCCCUGUAAAGGUGUCAGAACAGAACAAAAGUCCUCAGUUUCUUGAAUGAAAUAAGUGGCGUUAGUAAUCGUGUGGUGAUAAAUGUGAGGAGUUCCAAAAAAAGGCUGAGUUACUAAAAAUCAUGUACUUAAAUGGGCUGAAGUGGGUACACAGUAUGCCGAUAUGCAUUCAAUGGA